CAACAUGGGUAGCUUCUUUCUUCCUCUCCUUUGUUAUCGUUUUUCAUUUCUACGAACCACGCUUCGACUAGUAAAACCAAAAUGCCAGGGCAUGGUCACCAUCACCACGACCAUAGCGGUCAUUGCCAUGGAGAAGAUGGCCACGAUCAUUCCAACGAUAUCACGCCUGCUAUUCAGUCCACCCUAUACUCUCAAAUCGAGUUUGAUCGAAUUAUUACCUUAAACGAGGCCGAGUCGAAUUCUGGCGCUGCGAUUGUGAAAAAGACAUGGGCUGAGAGACUGAACGACCAUCCUGAGCUCGAAAGCGAUGCUGAUGAGCAGCUGCUCAUGUACAUACCUUUCACUGGACAAGUCAAGUUGCAUUCGAUCCUCAUAUAUACUGCGCCUACUUCUUCUGCCCCGAAAUCCUUGAAGCUGUUCAAGAACCGCGACGAUUUGGACUUCUCAACGGCCUCCGAACUGAAGCCCACACAGAAGGUUGAUAUUCCGCAGCCAGUGCCCGGAGCAGGCGUAUUCGAGUUACCUUUGAAUCGCGCCCACUGGAACACCACUACGUCAGUCACCCUGUUCUUUGAGGAUAACUGGAGUGACGGCGAGGAAGAAGUGACCAAGGUCGGCUAUGUUGGGUUCAAGGGCCAGUUCAUGGCUCUGAACCGCGAACCUAUCAGCUUUCUCUACGAGGCGGCGGCCAACCCUAACGAUCACGUCACGAUUCAGGGUGUCAAUGGUAUAGGCGGGCAAAUAAUGCCCGGCCAAUAGUUUCAGGCGUACAUUAUGGAUGACUUGAUUACGAUUUUAUGAAUUGUGAUGGGAAAAACCAUUGUUUUAUGGAGUUUGAGCGGGUCACAAUUAGGGUACAAGGGUAGAGCUGGACUCGUUGAG